UUAUGCAAACAAUAAUCUUUCAGGAUUCAGUGCUGACGAUUGACCAUGCCUGGUGCUCGAACUAAUCGGCAACUCUGUUUCGUGGGGCUAUUGAUGGUAAUGUUAGCACUCUAUGGUUGGAUUAAACUCUUCAUGAUGACGAUGACCUACGACUUUCACCCUAGACAUGCUAGUAUUGGAGAUAUGAAAGUAUUUUCGACAGAACUGAAGCGGAGUCAUGACUGGUACCAUAAAGUUUGCUUCAAUGGACUUCGCCAGGAGUUUUCAAUAUCCAGGUUGGAAGAUUUUCAAGAAAGGUGGAAAGUCUCUUCCCAACCAGACUGCAGAUCUACAUACAAUAUGUUUGAAAGGAUUUACGAUGUCAAAAGGAGGUCAGGUCAGAUCAUUGUGCCAGAUACUUUUCAAACUAAACUGCUCAAGUGGCUGGGAAACAGUGAGGACUUGUUACGCGAAGCCAAACUUCAAGUAAGUUUACAACCAAGCAGUGGAAAAGAGUUAAUGGGAAUCUCUGAGUGUUUCAAUAUUAAUACAGUCGACUUCGAGACUUCUUCUAAUUCCAAGACCUCUUGCUCAAAGAACCAAAUAACAAUCAUGUGUAUAAGAGACAGGCGUUUAUCAGCCAUAAGGUAUGCUAAAGAGAACGGUGGGAAUAACUAUUUUACAGAACUUCUACAGGUUCACAAUGCAUUAGGUUUAGCAACAAAGUUUGGCAAUGCUUCAGCGAUGGCAUAUCUUACGCCAAAGAACGAUAAUGAAGUUAUAAUUAUGUCAAAAACAGCAAAUUUAGAUUUUUUUAGGUUGUUAUUUUAUGUUAUAAAAGCAUUUACAGAAGAUAUGAAGCUAUAUGCUUGGAGUCUUGCCAUGUUCCUACCAAAAUUAGAGCCAUGGGUAGCACCAGGUUUUGACGACAUUCCAGCUUUAGUUCGUAUAGUUAGUCGGGGUCCAGUAAACAGCCCCCGUUCAGAUAUUAGUGCAAUGGAAUUAUUUGGAGUAAGUUUUGCUUUAAUUUUUUUUUUUUUAACUAAUAGUUGAGUCACAGGGAAGAUUAAAAAACAGGGGCUGAA